CCGAUGUUUGACGUAUACAACAAUUGGAGGGGUACAGGUGCAUUAAUCCGUCAACGAAUUAAAAGUUGACAACUUUCGCGCAAUUAACAUCAGAUGGAAUGAAAAACCCAAUUGCGCAAAUGCGCGAUAGGUAUGUAUCUCUGUUUACAGCGGACUCUUCCACUUCCAUCGAUCUUGCAAUCUAGCUCAGCCUCAGCUUCCUGCACGAACCCUAAUUCAGGGAUCAUGGUUUGACAAUUAGUUACACUAUGUUGCUGUCUAGCCGUUUAUUUGCGCGCGGGAUGCUCUCACCGGUGUCUGCUUAGGUAAUCAAAAAUGACCUAUAACUUGACCAUCCUACCAUCGCUCAUCGAUAGACGGCAGCCUGCUUAAUGCACGUAUGUGUCGUCGAGUGUCCAAUUUCUUCUCUCAACCGUGUAACCACACAAUUGACAGACGUGCUGCCUCCAGAAUGUAAUUAAAUAAUGCAGUCAAUUCAUCUUUCAUCAAGUUUGUUCUGUAUCGGCUUUCAUUAAGAGUCAUUGCAUCGUCGUCGAUACAUCAUCAUGGCUUCGCGCACUACUGUUAUUUCCCGCCAAGACCUUCAAGGGAACACCACUUCAGCGGCUAGCAUCACUGAAGUGAAGCCUCUGUCAUCAUAUAGCUGGAUCGAGGCUCCUGUCCCUACGAUUGCCGUUCCGGGUAUUCCCCCAAGAUGGACCCCUCCGAGCGGCCAGCGACGACUUCCAAAGGAUUCUGGCCUGGUUUAUAUCGCCCAAAACGCUGCCCGCCAUCCUAGCAGUCCUAUCGAGCCAUUAUUUCGGGCGCUAUUCAUUACUCAGCCUACCUUUGACAUCCUCGCGACCGAUGUUGUCACCGAUCGGAACAAUAUUCGCAAGUUGAUGUCCUUCGUUGAUCCUUCCUCAAGCAGGAACGGGCUCGAACCAUUCGUUAUCGACGUCGAGGUCACAAAGCAUACAGCUAUCUUCAGUCGAAUGGAGACCAAGACCAAAGAGAUCAUCGAACCUCAUGAAUUCAAGGGAUAUGGUCACGAGUUCGAAAAAGCAUACACCACUGAUGACAUCGAUGGAAGUACUGGCCAUCACCGAAUCGUCUCCUACAAAUUCAGCGGUCUAAACUUCAUCGUUCGCCAUGAGGUGGACGGGUAUGUAAAGGGUCACGCAGAAGCGUCCUCCAGCGGAAAAGGACGCGCAACCGACGACAUCUCAAGUCUCAUGGGCGACUUAUCUCUCUCUACAGCCGCCAGCACCGCCAAAACCUCAAGAGUCGAGGGAUCAAAACUAUUCAUUCGAGAAGAAGGCCACAUCGUGCCCAUUGAAUCUACCCUCGAGAUUAAGACGCGAGUCGCGCACAAACCCCUCAACCUCCAAGAGAUCGCACCGCAACUCUGGACUUCUCAGACGCUGAAGCUUGUUCGAGCAUACCAUACCCGUGGCAUUUUUCAGGAGCCGCGCGUCGAAGAUGUAUCGGCGGAUAUCAGAAGAUGGGAGCAGGGAAACCAGGCGAACUUGAGGAACCUGGCCGCUCUCAUUAAGAAGAUCAUUAGCGUGACGAAGGGAUACGGCGGAAGGGCUACAGUCAAAUACGACGCUGUGAGGGGUUAUUUGGUGAUUAGAGAGACCAAUGAUAAGCCGAUGUUACCGAAGGACUUGUAUUCCAAGUGGGAUGGCGGGGAUGAUUCGGAAGAGAAACCUCAAUCCGACUUGGGUGAACAGGAGUCUAAAGUACGCGGAAAAUCUACCGACGCGAUUAGUGGUAAAGCCAGCAAGGAGGAGGGUGUUUGAGAUUUACCAACCGUUGACCAUCGGGGUUACACAUUGAGUAUCUG